AUGGCCUUCCAAAGCUUGGUGAAUGGAGCGGAAUGUGCUACUGGGUCAAACCCUUUGGCUCAAUUCAUGAAAGGUGUAAAUGAAGAUCCCUCUUUGCGCAAAGAAGCCUUUUUGCCAGGCCCAACACCAGGAGGCUCGAGUGCGUUCCGUACGCAAAGACCUACCCAAGCAACUUCUGAUCAGUUUGCCGAAGAGUUUCUCAAUCAACAAGAUUUUGGUCCUCAACCUUUAGUUGGGCCAGCUCAACCUGGUCCUUUAAUAUUGAAAGAACAUGGACCAGGGCUUGGCGCAGGAGGUUGGGCGGCUGAAUUCUCGAAUCAAACUAAUCACGCGCGACAAUGGGAACUUGGUAAAGCUGAGGAAGCAGAAAUGGAAGAGGCCUUUAAAAGGAUGAAUAUGCAAUCAACUUGGCAGGCAGAAUUUCUCGAAAGACCGCAAUUGCCAAACGAUCAGAUCGCCGAGGUUCCGCCCGAAUUCGAAGCAGCAUUUCAAAAAAAUUUCGACUGGGCUAACGAAUUCGCACUAAAACAAGACAAAGGAAAAGCCAAAAUAGUCGAAUUAGACGAUGCAUCAUGGGAAGCAGAAUUCGCAGCAGCCGAAGAAGCACGCCAAAAUCAAGAAAUUGAUGAGGUGCUUUCCACCGAAGAGAACAAGCUAUUCGAAAACGUAUGGAAUAAUGUGCGAGAACUCAACGACAGCGGAACUUGGGAAAGAGACUCUACUGUGUAUGAUGAAAAUAACUUUGCAAGUGGUCGACUUGGUGAUUAUUCGUUUGAGAAGGAUAAUCCGUAUAUGAAUUCAGAUUCUCCUUUAGAACAAGGGAUUAAGAUCGUGGAAGAAGGUGGAUCGCUGUCGGAAGCUGCCUUAGCUUUUGAAGCUGCUGUGCAAAAAGAGCCUGAGAACACAAGAGCAUGGACUUUGUUAGGAAACACACAAGCUCAAAAUGAAAAAGAGGAACCAGCCAUUAGAGCAUUGGAAAAGGCUAUUGAGCUUGAUGGAAAAAAUUUGGAAGCUUUGAUGAGUCUUGCAGUAAGUUAUACGAAUGAAAGUUAUGAUCAACAAUCGUACCGUACUCUAGAGCGUUGGAUGACGGUCAAAUAUCCAGAAUUAACCUUAUCAUCGGCUCCUAUGGAUGCUGUGCGUGACACACAUUCGCGUGUCACAGAACUAUUCCUUCGAGCUGCACGAAAUGCUCCUGGUGGUCAACAAAUGGAUCCAGACGUGCAAGUUGGCUUGGGAGUUCUCUUUUAUGGAAGUGGUGAUUAUAGCAAGGCCAUCGAUUGUUUCACAGCGGCUUUGAAUAGUCGGCCCAAGGAUUAUCUUUUAUGGAACCGGUUGGGUGCCACUUUGGCAAAUUCAGGUAAACCUGAAGAAGCCAUCGAAGCGUAUCACAAAGCACUGGAUAUAAAACCUACAUUUGUUCGCGCUCGUUACAACCUUGGUGUCAGUUGUAUCAACAUUGGAUGUUAUAGCGAGGCAGCUGAACAUCUGUUGGGCGCGUUGAGUAUGCACCACACCGGACAUGAUAAGGAGGUUAACGCAAGCAAUAGCCUAAGAGACACUUUGAAAAGGACGUUUUUAAUGAUGGAACGACAUGAUUUGGCUAAUAAAAUUCACAAAGACUUUAUCGAUGUGAACCAAUUCCGUGGGGAAUUUGAUUUCUAA